CCAUCUUGUUUCCAUCUCAACCAUAUUCAAUUUUGUGCUCUAUAUUGGUAAUUAAUGUGUAAUCACACAGUUUUUUUGUAAUGAAAAUUUUGAAUUCCCUGAGAAAAAAAUAAAAAAUAAAAAAUAAAAAAUAGAACUGGAAAGGAAAAGCAAAUUAAAAAGAGUUUGUUAAACCGCAAGUUAUAGUUUGGUAGGCGUGGAAACCCAAAACCCAUCCCAGCCCGGCACACCAAUUUCUUCUUCUUCGUCUUCUUCAAUUGGUGUCUGUAAAAAUCAGUGAAUUAUAUGAUAUUGUAGUAUUGUUUUGAGAAGAAGGAUAACAAGCAAUUGAAGCAAAAAAUGGCGGCCAUGGCGUCGCUGGUGAAUGGGGAGAGAGCCGUGGUCCUACUUUUCAUGGUUCCCGUCCUCUCUUCUCUCCCUUCCUCUCUCCUCUGCCAUGGCUUCGCCCUCUUUCUCCUCGCCCUCUCUGCCCUCUUCCUCGAUAUCCGCGCCGAUAAUUUCAAUUCCUUCGCUCUUUUUAAAACCAGGCCAGGUGCUUCGUCAGGUAUACUGUUAGGAGCAGUUACGAUGCCUACUGUUAUGAUGUCAAAGUUGAUACAAAUGGCGAGGGCAGUCUCAUUGAAGGAAGUUGGAAUUGAAGAGUUUGAACAUCUGACAAUGCAGUACUGGGCUACUUCUGCAUGCUGCUUAAGCGUGCUUAUAUUCCUCUGCAUAAUUUUAUGGCGUGCACCUGAGAAUAGGCAUCCACGUGUUUGGGAUGCAAAGUUAAGUUUAAGUUGCAUGGUCUUAUAUAUAGCACUCUGCUGUGUGUCCCUUGGUACAAUAUCUGUCACUGGAUUCCACACAACAUUGAAGUUACUGUGGAUGCUAUCUCAUGGAUUUGCGGCUGUGAAAUUAAUUCAGCAUCUUCUGAAUACUUUUCCAUCUUGUGCUUCCAUUGGGGAAGCUCUUUUGGUGACUUCUGGCCUUGUUCUAUAUUUUGGUGAUAUGAUGGCAUUGACCAUAGUGAAGUUGUCUGGGUUCUUGUUUACAUCUGAGGUGGUACGAUAUGGAAGUAAAAGAAGUGAGAUAGGCAUUAUUAUACAGGGGAUGCUGCUUGGCCUUCUUCUUUUUACAGUGGUCUUUAAAUUUUUUCUCCAAGUUUUGGAAUGGUCCUUAAAGACUGCCUCAUCUGAAUCAAGGAAAUACGAUGAGAUCUGGAGAUCUCUUAUAUUCUUUGCAUCCCUUGGAUUUAUCAUGAUAGUGGUCAUUCCAUCAUGGAUGCAAUUUGUUCUGGAUUUUCAUAUGCAUCCUUUAUUAUGGAUACUUUCAUUCAUCUUUUCGGAACCAUAUAAAAGAAUAUCUUUAUGCAUCUACUGGGUUUGUGUGAUAUAUGUAUCUGUUCUGAGAUUUUAUAACAUUUCAAAGAAUAGCAAGAUUGAGAGGAUUCUUUUGAGGAAAUACUACCAUCUUAUGGCUGUUUCAAUGUUUCUUCCUGCUCUUAUCUUCCAGCCAAAGUUUCUUGAUCUUGCAUUUGGGGCGGCUUUUGGAAUUUUCUUGGCAUUGGAAAUUAUUCGAGUAUGGAGAAUUUGGCCUUUGGGACAGCCUAUUCAUCAAUUUAUGAAUGCUUUCACUGACCAUCGUGAUUCUGAUCUACUUAUUGUUAGCCACUUUUCACUCUUAUUGGGAUGUGCACUUCCUAUUUGGAUGUCUUCUGGGUACAAUGAUCGUCCCCUUGCUCCUUUUGCUGGAAUCUUGAGUCUUGGGAUUGGAGAUACAAUGGCAUCAAUGGUUGGCCACAAGUAUGGUGUCCUCAGGUGGAGCAAAACUGGCAAGAAAACCAUUGAAGGUACUGCAGCUGGUAUAACAUCUGUUUUGGCGGCUUGUUCAGUUCUUCUUCCACUUCUAGCAUCUACUGGAUAUAUUUUUACAGAGCAUUGGUUCUCGCUUAUCCUAGCCGUGACGGUUAGUGGCUUGUUGGAGGCCUACACAGCUCAACUUGAUAAUGCUUUCAUACCACUCGUCUUCUACAGUCUACUAUGUUUGUAAAACAUGUACUUUUAACAACCAACAUGAACAGCUAUAGGAGUCGAGCCCCAUAGAAAAGCAACCCCCUAGAAUUUCCAUGACUCAAAAAUCAUGUGCUUCCUUUGAGCACUUCAUUUUUUUCUGGUAGAUAUGACUAAUAUGCUGGUGGAGACCAAUAAACAUCCUGUUCUAUGUUAUUCUGCUUCACUACUUGGGAUGGGUUUUGCAUCGGGUUUCUGGGUAAACGUUUUUCCUGAUAACAUUUCACCAUACAUGUACGAUUUACUUACAGUGAAAGAAUACAAGAAAUACUCAUUUUUCCCUCUC